AUGCAUGUUGCCAGUCAUGGCUCUGAGUAUGUGACAUGGGAAUGGAUAUAUGACAAGAAACCCUCAGAAGAGAACAUCCUGUCUCCAGCUUGUCCUGAUUAUGUCGAAUUCGGCCCAUUCAUACCCACAGAUGAUGAUGACGCUUCGAGUGAGCAAGGCAACUAA